CCUAAACUCAAACCACCGUCCAGGGACUGGUUUCAGGGCAAAGCUGCCAUGCGAUCCGGGAGCCGCGGGCGGCCCCGGCAGCGGCUCGGCGAUCGGGGCUUCAUGCAACCGCCCUCGUUUUCCAAGAGCCGUCUCCUGCCGCGAGUGCGGAUCCUGCCUCUGCUACUGUUGGUGCUGGCCCUGGGCUUGGCUUUCUACAUCGUCUGGUACGGCUGGCACCCUGGGUUUGAAGAACUGUCACGGAGCCGGGAUCUGCGGGCCCCGCUGAUUGGAAGCCUUCCAGAAGCCAAGCUGCGGAGGGUGGUAGGGCAGCUGGAUCCGCAGCGUCUCUGGGGGACUUUCCUGCGUCCCCUGCUGAUUGUGCGACCCCCAGGUAGUCCUGGCAAUGUCCAAGUGAGAAAGUUCCUGGAGGCCACACUGCGGUCCCUGUCAGCAGGCUGGCACGUGGAACUGGACCCUUUCACAGCUUCAACACCCUUGGGGCCGCUGGACUUCGGGAAUGUGGUGGCCACACUUGACCCAGGAGCUGCCCGUCACCUCACUCUCGCCUGCCAUUAUGACUCUAAGUUCUUCCCUCCUGGGUCACCCCCUUUUGUGGGGGCCACAGAUUCGGCUGUGCCCUGUGCCCUGCUUCUGGAGCUGGUCCAGGCCUUUGAUGUGAUGCUGAGCAGAUUCAAGAAGCAGGCAGCACCAGUGACCCUGCAGCUGCUCUUCUUGGAUGGAGAGGAGGCGCUGAAGGAAUGGGGACCAAGGGAUUCCCUUUAUGGCUCCCGGCACUUAGCUAAAAUCAUGGAGUCUAUACCGCACAGCCCCGGCCCCACUAGGAUCCAGGCUAUUGAGCUCUUUGUCCUUCUUGACCUUCUGGGAGCGUCCAGUCCAAUGUUCUUCAGUCACUUCCCCCGCACAGCACGCUGGUUCCAACGGCUGAGGAGCAUCGAGAAGCGCCUUCACCGUCUGAACCUACUGCAGUCUCACCCACAGGAGGUGAUGUACUUCCAACCCGGGGAGCCCCCGAGCUCUGUGGAAGAUGACCACAUCCCCUUCCUCCGAAGAGGGGUCCCGGUGCUCCACCUCAUUGCCACGCCCUUCCCUGCUGUGUGGCACACACCUGCUGACACUGAGGCCAACCUCCACCCGCCCACCGUGCACAACCUGAGCCGCAUCCUUGCUGUGUUCUUGGCUGAGUACCUGGGACUCUAGCCUGCAGAGCAAUACCUUAGAAGGAUCUUACACUCAGCUGGGGACAUGACAGGGCCAUCUUGAGCCAGUGCAGGGUGGCCAGGCUCACUUCAGACAUAUGCGACAACCGUCUCAAGCCACUGCAUUUCAAGGACAUGCCAAAACACUGAGGGUAUGAGAGAGCCAAAAGAGUAUUUUUUGGCUUCUGUCCUCAAGUAAAGGGAUUGGUCGGGAAGUUCCCAGGGACCAAGUGAUGUGGCAUGGGCUGGUACCUGAACCAGUACUACCAACCAAAUGAAUCCUCUGUGGCUAAUG